AUGAAUCAUUCGGCUGAAGAUCCGGAUGACCUAGUUCGAAAAAAAGUCGAUCUCAAUCAUAUAACAAAAAUGAGUUACCAGAUGCACGUGCCGGAUUCGAUCACAGUAGGCCCAAAUCGAUCAGCAAUGCCUCGUCUCCAUCAAGACGACGGUCAGUUACCGGUGCGCAUGGAAGUACCAAAUAGUAUUCGACUUGGCAAUACUGAUACGACAAUUGGCUUGUCAAAUGGGUCAGAUUUCUCUCCAAACAAUGACUCCAACCAUUCAUUAGAUACAACUAGUCAGCCACCGAUGAGUGAUGAUGAUUAUUCACCGAUUGAAGUAUCCAAUGAUCAAAACCAACCAAUGAGAUUAGCUGAGUCAUGGCAUGUUGAACCGGCGACGACUAUUGAUGACAAAAGUGUUCUCAAUAAACUUCAACUGUUACAAAAUCGCAUAAAUCAAAUCGAAAGAACAUUCGCGCGACGCGAUUUUCGUGAUCGCAUAGUCUACACGUGCAUUAUUGGUUAUUUCUUUCUUCAAGCUCUACUUUCUGUUCGCCGAUUUAUUCAAUCUCAAAUGAGUAUCUAUCUUCGAGACGAUUUGACGCGAAGCGAAAAGAUCCAACAUGCUAAACGCAUGGUCAAUGAAAAUAAGUAUAUGCUUGAUGCAUGGGCACUACUGAUUCAAGAUGCUCAAGAAAAGAAAAUAGGCGAUUCACGUGAUUUCUACGAAUCAUUAAUCACUCAAUUCCCAACCUGUGGUAAAUUCUGGAAGAUUUAUAUCGAAUCUGAGAUCAAAGGACGAAAUUAUGAAAAAGUCGAGAAGCUGUUUCAACGAUGUUUGAUUAAAGUAUUGAAUAUUGACCUGUGGAAGUGUUAUUUGAAUUACGUUCGUGAUACCAAAGGCAAACUGCCAUCAUACAGAGAAAAAAUGGCACAAGCGUAUGAAUUUGCUUUGGAGAAAGUGGGAAUGGAUGUGUAUUCAUACACAAUUUGGAAUGAUUACAUCGCUUUUCAGAAACAAGUGGAAGCAGUUGGUUCAUUUGCUGAAAAUCAAAAGAUAACAGCUAUUCGUAAAGUUUAUCAGAAGGGUAUCAUGACUCCGAUGACGAGUAUUGAAUUAUUAUGGAAAGAUUAUUGUGCAUAUGAAAUGAGCGUCAAUUCAACAUUAGCAAAGAAGAUUAUUGAUGAACGUUCACGUGAUUAUACGAAUGCCAAACGUGUUUCCAAGGACUUCGAAACGCUAGUGCGUACAAUUGAUCGUAAUGUUCCAUGCGUACCGCCAACAUCGCCGCAAUCGUCGGAAGAGCUCAAACAAUUAGCAGCUUGGAGAAAAUUGAUCGCAUGGGAAAAAUCGAAUCCAUUGAAGACAGAAGAUCUGCUACUUUUAACUCGUCGAGUCGUCCUUGCGUAUGAGCAAUGUUUACUUUGUCUUGGUUAUCAUGCUGAUCUUUGGUAUGAAGUAUGUGCAUAUUUAGAACAAGUUUCUCGUACAUAUUCCGAACGAGGCGAUGCUCUGUUAGCUAAACGUUUCCUUGAUGAAGCAGCAACUUUAUACGAACGCGCAAUACAAACGUAUAUGCGCUCGAAUAUGCUCAUUCAUUUUGCCUAUGCUGAUUUCGAGGAGCACCGAUUGAAUGUUGAUAAAGCACGGGCCAUUUAUAAUCGCUUAUUGGAUGUCAACGAAGCGAAUUUAAAAGAUCCAACAUUAGCCUAUAUUCAAGCCAUGCGUUUCGAGCGACGUGCCGAAGGAAUCAAAAGUGCACGUGCCGUUUUCAAACGUGCACGUGACGAUGCACGUACGAAUCAUCAAGUUUAUGUUGCUGCUGCCUUGAUGGAAUAUCAUUGUUCUAAGGACAAUAAUAUCGCGUUCAAUAUAUUUAAUCUUGGUUUGAAAAAGUACAGUCAGAAUAUUGAUUAUAUCUUAGCUUACAUUGAUUACAUGACACAUUUAAAUGAAGACCAUAAUGCGCGUGUUUUAUUCGAACGUGUUUUAUCACCCGACAAUCCAACUGCCAAGCAAUCACAACCAGUUAUAUGGCAUGAAUUUUUGAAAUUCGAAUCUCAAGUGGGAGAUUUACAAUCGAUCAAAAAGGUAGAAAAACGGCGUGCAGCACUACAUGCAGAUCUAAACGAAUUAGAAGGUCAAGAAACUUUAUUACUCAUUGAUCGAUAUAAAUUCUUGAAUUUGUUACCAUGUUCAACCGAUGAAUUGAAAUUUCUUGGUUAUAAAGAUACUUCACAAGCGAAUCUGUCAGCUACAAACUCAACGUUGCUCAAUAAUGGUUCAACUAUGAAUAAUAUGCGUUCGUUGGAACGAGCAGCACGUGAUCGACGUGCAGUUUUACCUCGGCCUGAUAUUAAACAUAUGAUGCCAUAUCGACCAACACGAAAUCCAUUGCCUGGUAGCCAUUCAACACCUGGUGGAGUAUUUCCUCUGCCUGACACAGCGCUUUAUUUAGUUAAAGUUCUUCCACCAUCGCGAAAUUUCGAAGGUCCAUUUGUUAUUGUCGAUGAACUUAUGGAACGUAUGAGUCGUCUGAGUAUUCCAGAUAACUUUGAUCCAAUACGUAUUGGCGUACAAGGUGAAAUGAUUCGUAAUCUUGAUGGGUCCAAUACUGUGAACAAUUCUCAGAGUCGAAAAACGGGCCUCGGUGAUAGUGAUGAUGAAGAAUUAUCAUCACAAUCAACAGCUGGUGAACGUUCAACCAUGAAUAUUUAUCGAUUGCGACAACAGAAACGUGUCAAACUGGCAACAAAUACAAAUUCUUCUGAUCAUAACACACCUCCGGUGCUCACUUAA